AUUGUUCAUCUACUCAGUAGAUUUUACUGAUUGUUGUUUUUUGCUAAUUUAAUUAACUUUUUUCUCUUCAGAUAUUUAGUUAUUUUUUCUAUAAUCAACCAUUUUCUCAUCUAAUUCUAUAAUUGAUUGUAGGAAUUAAACCAGUUGAUUAGAAGAAGGAUACUAACUGUUGAAAUGAACAUGUGUUGACCACUCAUCUGAUUUCUAUUAUAUUCUAUUCAAAAAUUGGUGAUUACUGACCAUGAGUUGAUGGUUAAUUCUUUGAUUUGUUUGGCUUUAAAUUAGAAAAAGCAAAAUCAUCUUUUCCUUAUUCUCAAUUGGACAAUUGAAAAUAUUUCCUCCAAAUUUGUUCAAUUCUUUUUUUGUUCAUUAUAGUUCUUAAAGAAUCUGUUCUACUUAUUUUCUCUUGAAUUCUACCUGUUUGAAUCUUCUUAUUCAAUGGAUAAUGGAAUCCGAUUGUCUCCCACUCCUCGAUUUAACCAACAAACAAUCCGAGAUGUUUACAAGUGUGGAUACCUUAAGUAUUUUAGUAAUGUUCCAAAAGGAUGUAAGAUAACCCAAGUUCCUGUGAAAUAUUGGGUUUCAUUUGCCAUCAUCAAUGAAUGUGAACCUUUUCUUGAGAUGUUUAGUGAAAAACCUUCAACCAUAAUUGCCAAACCAACCUAUUGUUAUCCACUUAAAGGAUGUCUCCAUUUAUGUCCUGCUAUUGUGAUCGAGGAGAAAGAAGAUUGUUUCGAGUUCUCCAUAACCUUAGAAAAUCAAUUAAUCCGAUUGAUAGCUCCAACUCGACAAAUGAUGGAUGAAUGGAUUGAUUGUAUUCGAACCAAAUUGAAACAAAUGUCUAUAUUAGGACCUCAAGAUAAUUAUUACACUAAAGAACCACAUUUUAACCUUAAACCUCGAACAAGUAAUCAAAGUUCACGACCAUUACCCCCGAUUCCUCCUUCAGAUUCAACGGACACACUACAACCACCAAUCACACCACCCAGGGCUUUGACACCCACUUCCUCAUCUCUAACGGUUAACAAUGGAUCUCUUUCAACGGUUACACCUCGAUCAUCAACAACCAGCCUUAAUCAAUCUCGACCAUCAACACCACCACCACCAAUUCCACCUCCACGUUCAUCAACAAAUCCUUUGGGUCAAUCUUAUUCAGCAACACAAUCUCUUUACGGUGAUAUCAUUGAUCACGUGCAAUCAAGUUAUGAGCCAAUUUUUGGCUCAGUUGCCAAUCGUUUAUCAAACUUGUCACUUUCAACUCGAAACUCAGCUUUACCCCAUGAAGAAGGUCCACCUCCAUAUGAUGAUGAACAAUCUACCAGAACAUUAAAUUCUGGUAAUAAUAACAGUAACGGUUUAAAUCAUUUAGAUCAACAAUUAAAUCCUGAUCAUCAUUUGAAUCUUCUCUCCCUUCGAGAGUCACAAAUAUUACGUUUACAGAAAGAAAUGGCUCACAAAGAUGGUGUCCGAGUGGUGGUCCGAAAAAAGGAUUGCAAUGAAUCAAUAGCACUUGUUGAUUGGUUGGGUAAAGUUUGGAUUGCCGGAUGGAAGCAGAAAAUGUAUCCCCAACUUCAUAACACUUUUCACAUUGGUGAUUGUCUAAUUAGCGUUUGCGGUGAAAGAGUUCACGAUUCUUGUCAAGUGCUUCGUCUAAUGAAAAGUCAACCCUUAAUUGUUGAGAUAAUUUUAUCUCGACUUCCCUAUGGAUUUGUAUUUGUACUCAAACGAGACUAUGAGGGACAAGAUUUAGGACUUAUUCGUGAUGGAAACACCGCUGAAGUGAUUCAAGUGAUUCCCGAUGGUUUGGUUGCAACAAACGGUUUAACACCUCGAGCUCCUUGUGUUGAUCCAACAAAGGGACGAGAUUGUAAUUGGAUAAUUACCGAGAUCAAUAAUAGGCCAUUAAAUUUGUUCUUCAAAGGAAAUGAAAUUCGUGACAGAUUGAAUGCCGUCGGUAAAGAUAUUUCACUUCUAUUUCAACCUUCGGAUUUAGUUAAGGUUCUCAAAAAACGACUUAAAUCUUUCAAGAAUUAUAAAGAUUAUAUUGUUCAAUAGAUUCAAUUGUCAAUAUCAAACCAAUCAACAUUUUCUGGCCUUUCAACAAUCAACUAAUCAUUGAACUUUAGCCUCAAAUUUACUUGAAGAAAACAAACAAUUACCAGUCUUUCAUUGUCACUAUCAAUUUCAACAUUUGCAUCACUAUUACACCACCAUGACCACCAUGAGUAUCAUCAUGAUUACCAUAGUCAUCAUCACGUCAACCACAAAAUUAUCUGAGCAAUCAACACACAUAAUGAUAUGAAUCAUCAUCAUCUCUCUCUCUCCACUCAUAAGAUAUCAACUAUUUAUAAAGCACCACGUGCUCAAUUAUUUGUUCAAUGAGAAUCAGAAACAUCAUUAAUCCGGCAAUCAACUGAAUCCAACCUGGUUUCACAAUUUAAACACCAAAUUUCAAUCUUUCAUUGAUUGAAUAUCUGAAAAUACUGUUGAAACUGUGGAAAUAAGGAAUCUUUUCAUCAAUGAAAUCACUUUUAUCAUCCAUUAUUAUCAUCAUCAUUUUCCUCAUCACUUUGACUGUCAAUUUAUUAUCUGAUUACUGUCACAAUCAAAAGCUUCGUGUUGGACAACAAGGAAAAUACCAUGAAAAAAAACGAGGAGACAAAGAGACAAGAGGAAUAAUAAUCUUUACCAUUAUAAUCUCACCGAUCAUCAUCAUUCCAGCAUCAAACUGAUUAGCAAUUAACUUAAAAUCAACUACAUGUUAAGCAUGGAAUCGAAAACAAAACAAAACAAUUCAAAAAAACAAGAAUCAUCAACAAAUCAUUUUGCAUUUUUCGAGAAGAUCAAAAACAAAAAAUGUCACAAUUCUCAUUGACAAUUUAAACCAAAGCAAAACCCCAAAUGAUCCAAUAUAUUUACAAUACCAAACAAAUCAAUCAGAACAAUCAAUGGAGUGAAAGAGAGAGCAAAAAAACCAAAUUUAAUUUUGAUUAUUCUAAUUGAUUACAAUUAAUCUCAAAUCAACAGUGACAAAAACAAAACCCAAAAAACAUAUGAUGAUAUUUAUUUGCUUGUGAAAUUAACUAUAUAUACACUGUAACAAUUGAUCACUCAUACAUACAUAUAUCUAUAUUAAUAUACUAAUUGCCUUGUAAAACAAAAUGAAUUAAACGAAAGUAAAAUUAAAAACCAACAAUUAACAA